CUUUUACCUGUGCGCGUAUAAUGAAGUUGAUGGCAAAGAGAAAUACUCCUCUUCAUUGAAGAUUCAACAUGACAACGUGGAGUAAGAUUUUGUUUUCCACUGGACAAAAGUUCUUCAAACCUUAUGGAUUAUUGGUGAAAACAGUGCCAAAGAACAAUAUUGCAAGAUGUAUGUCUCACAAUUCUAUGGUCGUAAAGCCCACAGAUUGGCAAUACCACAAAUUUAAGGAUUGGUUCCACUUUUACUUUUUUGUUGGAUUAAUACCAAUUUUAUGUGUUGUCACCUAUGCUAAUGUUUUUAUUGGGCCAGCUACACUGACACCAAUUCCAGAAGGCUAUGUUCCAAAGGAAUGGGAAUAUUACAGGUCGCCUAUUACAAGAUUCAUUGCCAGAUACUUGUAUACAGGCACUCAAGAAAGUUACGAGAGACGUUUAUACCAUUGCAUUAAGAUGACGGAACUAAGGGAAUUGAAAAAAUUGAACAGAAUAAUGCAUGAGACUCUUGCUAAAGAGCAAGAUUACAAUGCUCUCUGUUUUAGAAGAGAUAUGCGUGCAUAUGAAAUUAUGCGUUAUAGAGCACGUUUAGACAGAAGGGAAGCUAAACAGUAACCACGCACUGUUGGAUUUUACGAUGUCUUGUACAAUACAUAAUACCUCUUGAAUGAAAAUUGGUACGUCGUGCAAACAAUGCGAUAUAUUGGUUGUAGCAGUGGAAACAAUAAACUGUAGUUCAAUUAAAAGGAGUAUGAUAACAAAUUUUGUUUAA